AUGUCACCAAUACUGGAUUUAAUGCGUAAUUUUGUGCCCGGCGAUGGCGGCGCACAAAUUGAGGCAAAUCUAACCGGUAAACCCGAGGUGGUGCAUUAUUCUUGCUGGAAAACGACAAAAGAUUACUUUGACCUAUGGCUCAAUUUGGAAUCUUUUGCACCGAUCGCAAUCGACUGCUGGGUUGACAAUAUGAGGUUGUUGUACAACGAAACGAGUGGAAUGGCCAUAAAAGCACCUGGCGUAGAGACGCGAAUCCCGGGAUUUGGUAAUACUGAAACUGUGGAGUGGUUAGAUCCAUCGAAAUCAUUCAUUGGCAAAUAUUUCGCAGACAUUGUCAAAUUUUUGACCAAUUUCGGAUAUAUUCGUUCGAAAUCCGCUUGGAAAGAUAAAUUCAUUCAUGCACACAUUUCACUGGCUGGUGCUUGGGGAGGUGCUAUGCAAAUUGUUCGUUUAUUCGCAUCAGGCUAUAAUAUGGGUCAUUAUCGCUUGACACUGCCACCGAGUAAAAUGCGCAUUAUGCAACGUUCAUUUACCAGUUCGGCAUUCUUGUUUCCCAGCUAUAACGUUUGGAAUGAAACUGAGAUCAUCGCCAGAACAGUCAGUGCGAAUUAUACAACUUCAAACAUUCAACAGUUCUUUACUGAUAUGAACUAUACAAUAGGAUGGACUCAGUAUAAGAAUUCCGCUCGUUUACUCGGUCAACUUGAAGCGCCCAAUAUUGAGAUGCAUUGCAUUUACGGAACCGGUGUCGCAACUCCGGAAAAGUUCGAAUGGGCGAAAGGAUAUUUUCCGGAUUAUCCGCCGUUAGAGAUCUUCGGUGAUGGUGACGGUACCGUGAAUCACCGAUCUUUAGAUGUUUGCAGGAAAUGGGUUGAUAAUAAUGGUGGGAAAAACGUCAGUUUUCAUUGUUUAUCAGUAUUUUCUUUUACCAUCUUCAAGAAAUAA